AGGGCUCUGACCACGCCGAUGGUAGCGGUGGUAAAGCUUUUACUAGUGCUGGGCCAUGUUCCGGAGCGUGCUGCAGCUCCGUUCCGGCCCGGGCCUCUUGAUUCGGGGACUAGGCACGCACAGAGGAGGCUCUACUCUGGACUGGGAUGAAAAGGUGUCUGAGAUUAAGAAGAAGAUCCGGUCCAUCCUGCCUGGAGAGGCCUGUACUCCACUGUAUGACACUAGCCACCUGCCCCCCGAACACUCAGAUGUGGUGAUCGUGGGAGGCGGAGUGCUUGGUUUGUCUGUAGCCUUUUGGCUGAAGAAGCUGCAAAAGAAAGGAGAUGGCAUUCGGGUACUGGUGGUGGAACGAGACCACACGUAUUCAAAGGCCUCCACAGUGCUUUCUGUAGGCGGUAUUCGUCAGCAGUUCUCAUUGCCUGAGAAUGUCCAGCUCUCCCUCUUUUCAGUCGACUUUCUACGGAACAUCAAUGAGUACCUGGCUGUGGUGGAUUCCCCUCCCGUGGACCUCCAGUUCAACCCCUCAGGCUAUCUCUUGCUGGCUUCAGAAAAGGGUGCUUCGACCUUGGAAAACAGGGUGAAAAUGCAGAGGCAGGAAGGGGCCAAAGUUUGUCUGAUGUCUCCUGAGCAGCUUCAGAACAAGUUUCCCUGGAUGAACACGAAGGGAGUGGCCCUGGCAUCUUAUGGGAUGGAGGGUGAAGGUUGGUUUGACCCCUGGUCUCUGCUUCAGGGGCUUCGGCGGAAGGUCCAGUCCAUGGGAGUCCUUUUCUGCCAGGGAGAGGUGACACGUUUUAUCACUUCAUCUAACCGCAUGGUGACCUCAAGUGGGGAGGAGGUGGUCUUGAAAAGGAUCUAUGAAGUCCACGUGAAAAUGAACAACAGCCUGGAGUACCAACCAGUGGAAUGUGCCAUUGUGAUCAAUGCUGCAGGAGCCUGGUCUGGGCAAAUAGCAGAGCUGGCUGGUAUUGGGAAGGGGCCACCUGGUACCCUGCAGGGCACCAAGCUACCUGUGGAGCCAAGAAAAAGGUAUGUGUAUGUAUGGCACUGUCCCCAAGGUCCAGGCCUGGAGAUGCCAUUUGUUGCAGACACAAAUGGAGUCUAUUUCCGCCGGGAAGGAUUAGGCAACAACUACCUAGGGGGUUGUAGCCCCACUGAGGAAGAGGAGCCAGACUCAACAAACCUGGAUGUGGACCAUAAUUUCUUCCAGGACAGGGUUUGGCCCCAUUUGGCUGAGAGGGUACCAGCUUUUCAGAGUCUGAAGGUUCGGAACGCCUGGGCUGGCUAUUAUGACUACAACACUUUUGACCAGAAUGGCGUGGUGGGCCCCCACCCACUAGUCGUCAACAUGUACUUUGCCACAGGCUUCAGUGGUCAUGGGCUCCAGCAUGCCCCUGCCGUGGGGCGAGCUGUGGCAGAAAUGGUGCUGGAUGGCCACUUCCAGACCAUCAACAUGAGCCCCUUCCUCUUCAGCCGUUUUCACUUAGGAGAGAAGUUCCAGGAGGACAAUAUCUUCUGAGUUUGGAAGCUCUUCACUGGGCCACACUGGCCCAGCUGUGAUCUUUGCCUCACUCUAGCCCAUCACUUCCUGAGUCCUCCCUGCACUGUGCCAGGGUCUCCUGCAGCCAAUUCCAGAGACUCAUCCCCUUCUCCACUGUCUUCUCAUCUAGGCCGUUUUGGCCUCCUGUGGCUGGACAAGUCAGUGAGCACAGGCUUUCAGACCCAGGACAAGAGAAAGUGAUGGGGCAGGUCCCUAGAACUGAUCUGUAGCACAGGCUGAUGGUACCCACCAAGGCAGUACAGCUGGAGUUCUGAGAGCUGUGGCCCAGGACUGUCUCCUUCGUGGUACUGACCCAGAAAGCUGGCCUCUGACUCUCUGGGUAGACCAGGGCAGAAACCAGGCAGAACAAUUCUGGGAAAGGCUGGCUCAGAUUCAUGACUUGUCUAUUUAUCCUAUUCAUCAGUCAAUAAAUGUGAUUAUCUCUUUCC